AGUGGUGGCUCGGCUUCGGCUCCUCCCCCAUUUUCCGAGUUCCGACCAGCCACCGAAACACCCCCCGGCCCCCGCGCCUCCGAUUGCCAUGGCCUUCGCCUCCGCCUCCGCUUCGCCGCGCACCACGCAGCAGCUCGUCGACGCCCUCACCGCGCACCUCUCCCACUACCACGCCUCAAACCCUAGCCCCGCCUCCUCCUCCUCCUCCUCCUCCUCCUCCCCAUCCUCCUCCCCGCGCGCCGCGAUCCUCCGGUGGCUCGCCUCCCUCCCGCCGGCCUCCCGCGCCGCGGCCUGCACCUCCCUCCUCCCGCCCGCGGCUUCCGGGGCGCUCCUCGACAUGCUCCGCCGCCUCCGCCUCCGCGGCCACUCCUCCUUCUUCGUCCUCGCCUCGCCGGAGCCCACCGUCCUCUCGCGGCUCUCCCGCGGCCUCCUCGCGCGCGCGGCCGCCGCCUCCCGCGCGCACGAGCUCCUCUUCUCCAGCGCACUCCUCUUCGCCUCCUCCCCCGCGUCGCCGCGCCCCGAUGCGAUCACGGUCGCCGAGGCCCUCCUGGCCGACCUCGACGCCUUCGUCGCGGCCAUGGACGAGAUCUCGGGCGGGAGGUUCCUCCGCUGCGGCGACGGCGAGGUCGACCUGGCCGCCUUGGCGUGCGAGGAGUUCCCCGAGCUGCCGUGGCUCAAGGCCAAGGGGUACUACGUGAUCGAGGAGUUUGUGGCCAAUUGGGUGGAGAUCGCGCUGCGGAUGUCGUGGGCGGCGGCGGCUGGGGGAGGUGGAGGUGGAGGGAAGAAGGCCGUCAGGGUUGGGAAGUCUGUGAAGGACAAAGCUGGGUUGGCAUCAAACACAUUCUGGAGGGAGAAGGGGUAUGUGGAUUGGUGGAUGAGACUGGAGCUGCCGGUGAGAGUCAGGAUCAUGGGAGCCUUCUUUGGGAAGGGUGCAAUAGCGCUGGCCAAUGAGAUUGGUGAAGAGACAGAUGUUGCUUUAAGCGACAAGUUCUGUUUAUGCCUAGGUGAAUCAGGAUCAUUGGUUGGAGACAGUUUUUAUGGAAGUACAAGGCAGUCCUUUUUCAGAAAGAGACGACCUGGUUGCACCGAUGUCACAAGCAUUCUCUCUUGUAAAAAGAAGUCUACUUUUGCUAAAGAAUUAAAAAGAUUGCUACUGGUUCAGGAGAUAGCGUGUUUAAAGAGCAAUAUUACUUACUGUGGUGGUGACGCAAUCUUUCUCACUUCAUUAAUGUCAGCUGGUACUGUUGCUGACCAUAUACUGUUGAGAUUACGAAGACUUCUCAUGGUGGUUUCAACGGAAAGUAUAAAUCUGGAACUCAUUGGGGAUGGAACAUCAAAUACCCCCAAAAAGAAAGCUGUUGAAAGGUCAAGUGGAGGUUCUCGAAAAGGAAAAAAGAAGUCCAGUAGUAGCUUGAAAAAGCUAACAGCAUCUUCUAAGUCAGCGAAGGACAAUGGAUGCAGUAGCACAGAAAGUCAGAAUUCCAGGGUUGUGUCAAAGUCAAACCAGCGGACUCUAUCUGUUGGAGACACCACUAUUGAGCCUGCUUCCGAAGAUCCUCCUUGCAAGGAAAUUGCACAAAGACCAAAGGUGGAGCAAGCUAUCUUGUUUGGUGAAUGCAACAGUCAGUGCAGCAAAAAGAAAAACAAACGUAAAGGGAAAACAAAACGAUCGGAUCUGGUCAGAGCCGAGAACUCUGUAUCUGGCAAAUUAAAGACAGUUGUUCCUCAUGUUGCCACAGAAGGCUUGCAUAAUUCUGCUGAAGCAUUAGACGCACCACCUCUUGUCCCAUCCUAUGUCAGGUCUUCCAGGAGUGAUAUCCCUGAAGCAGUGAGUUGCUCUGACUCUUCAAGUACCUUUGAUGGAACUGAAGGAAAAGACAUUAGAAGCAGCAAAAAGAUGGAAGAUAAACUUGGUGUAAUAACUACAGACUAUUAUCAGUGUGCACAAAAACCUGAUACCUUCAGUAUGAACGAGCAGGUCCCAUCUCACAGUAGUCAAAAUGAAUCCACGGUCCAACCGUCUUCAUGUUUACCAUCCAGAAGUGAUAAUGGAUUAUCUGGUAAUCAAUGCAGAGACUCUACUGACUCCUUGGUAGGAUCUACACAGGACAUGACUUGCUGUAAUAUAACACAGGGAGCUUUGCCUGAACUUGCUCCUGGUGUCACUACAGGAUACGAGAAACACAUGGAUCAUAAGUUUCAUAACUCUGUAGUGACAACUGACAAAGUUUUACCACCAGUCAUUCCUGCCAACAUACUCCAAAGUGCUAUAAACGACAAUGGCACAGUAAUGAAGAACGGUGGAGGUGAAUAUUAUGUAUUCAAAAGGAAUCUACUGGGAGGAACAUCAUACGAGUGGCCUAGUGUAGCACCUCAUUUUGUAUCCCCUGAAAUACAACAGCGCCCUGCCGCAGCGGACAGGUUACAUCUGGACAUAGGUUACAGAUGGCCUACACAAUUUGACCAGCCUUUUCUUCCUACGAACCAUCAGUUGAGAAGCCCACCAAUUGAAUCCGGAUGCAAUCAAAUGUUAUCUUCUCUAGCAGUGCCCUUAAGUUUUGACUGGCCUCCUGUUUUCAGGGGUUAUGGUAAGUUGAGUCAAAAUGCUGCUUUAAGUUAUGAUCCAGUGUAUGCCCCACAGAUGCAAUCUUCUGCUUGGCCUGGGUUUCCUGCUCAACUAAUGCAAAGAGGUGGCUUUUGCAGUGAAAAAGAUAGGAAAUAUUUUGCUGACAGUGACCCAAGAAAUACAUCAGAUGUUGGGGAUGAUACUGAAAGCUAUUGGUGUUCUGAAGAAGAAUCAGAUGGCCGUGCAGUUUCUGGAAGAGAUAUUAAUCAAUAUUUUGGUGGAGGUGUGAUGUAUUGGAGUCCUGCAGAACAUGCCGGAACAGGCUUUUCUAGGCCGCCGUCACUUAGUUCAGAUGACAGUGCUUGGGCUUGGCAUGAGGCAGAUGUUAGUCGAGUUGUGGACGAUCUAGGUGUUGGGAUUCCAUCAGCAUAUAAUGCUGGUGCAUCAUCACCACCAUCCACUCCAUCCUGCUCCCAAAAUGAAACUUCCGAUCCUUCCACUCAGCCUGUUUGUCACUCAAUGGUAGGGAAUGACAUCAACAAUGAAGCUUUGCAUUCUUCAUCUUCCACACAAGACAGUCCUGAAGAUAAGACUACUUCGGCUGCAAGGAGUCCAUCUAGUGUCAGUGAAAUAGUGAAGGGAGAUACAUUACCAUAUGCAAUGCUACGGCCAAUAGUUGUUCCUAAUAUAUCACGAAGGUUAUCAAGAUCUGACUUUAGGGGCGGUCAUGAUCACAGGAGCCCAUGUGUGUCUUCGACAAGGAGGGAUAUACCUGUUGUAAGAAGGCCUCCAUCACCAGUGGUACUUAGUGUUCCUCGCAUGCCUCGGCCACCCCCACCUUCUCCUGUUGGAGAGUCAAGAAAACGUGGAUUCCCAAUUGUUAGAUCCGGCAGCUCAAGUCCGAGGCAUUGGGGGAUGAGAAGUUUGUUUUCUGACGACAAAAUUUUCAAUAGGGCUCAGUUUUGCUUGGAUGGUCCUGAAGUAGUAUGGCCUUCAUGGGUAAAUAAAGGCACUUAUGCUGGUACACUGGUACAAUCAAUUGAGGAUACUGUCUUGCAGGACCACCUUGUUAAGAUUUCACAGCUUUCUCGUGAUCAACAUCCAGAUGUUGCAGUUCCUCUGCAGCCACCUGAUAUGUCAAAUUGUUCAUCUCCAAAGGCUUCCCUCUCUUUGAUGCUCAAUGCUCUACACGAAGAGAUCGAUCAAUUCUGUAAGCAGGUUGCUGCUGGAAAUCUGGUGACGAAGCCCUAUAUAAACUGGGCUGUCAAAAGAGUCACACGGUGCUUGCAAGUUCUCUGGCCUCGCUCCCGUACAAAUCUAUUUGGCUCAAAUGCCACCGGUUUGGCUCUUCCAACUAGUGAUGUAGAUCUUGUGGUUUCUCUUCCCCCAGUUCGAAAUCUGGAACCUAUUAAAGAAGCUGGAAUUUUGGAAGGCCGGAAUGGUAUCAAGGAAACAUGCCUCCAGCAUGCGGCAAGGUGUCUUGGAAACCAGGACUGGGUUAGGAGUGAUUCCCUCAAAACGGUUGAAAACACAGCAAUACCUGUGAUCAUGCUUGUGGCACAAGUGCCUUGUGACACAAAUAUGUCAAUUGAGUACUCUUCUGUUCUGGAUAGCUCACAAGACAAUUCAGUCAAUGUGCUUGCAGAGCAAGCGAGCCCCCCUCGUUCUGAUAACUCUAGUUCAGAAGGCAGCAACACACUUAUGGGCUCAAAAAUGAAUAAGGAUGAUUGCGAUGCUGUGAAGUCAAUUCGUCUUGAUAUAAGUUUCAAAUCACCAUCACACACAGGACUCCAGACUACCGAGUUGGUUUGUGAGCUGACACAGCAAUUUCCUGCGGCUUUACCCCUUGCUUUGAUUCUGAAGAAGUUCUUGGCUGACCGGAGUUUGGACCACCCAUAUUCGGGUGGUCUAAGCUCUUACUGUUUGGUAUGUAGCUGUUCAUAAUAGUCCUGUGAUUCCUUUGGUGGCAAUGUAUGGCUCUUAAGGUUUAUUUCCCUGGAUAACUUCUUCGGUAUCAACGAGUGCUGUUAAUCAUUCGGUUUCUUCAGCAUGAACAUCAUCUUGGCCGGCCUAUGAACCAAAAUCUUGGCAGCCUUUUGAUGGAUUUCCUGUACUUUUUUGGGAAUGUGUUUGAUCCACGCCAUAUGCGUAUUUCCAUCCAAGGAAGUGGGAUUUAUUUGAACCGAGAAAGAGGACACAGCAUUGAUCCAAUUCACAUUGAUGAUCCUCUUUGCCCUGCUAACAAUGUGGGCCGGAAUUGUUUCCGGAUCCACCAAUGCAUCAAGGCUUUUGCCGAUGCUUUUGCUGUUCUAGAGAAUGAGCUACUGCAGUACCCUGAAGAAUGCUGUAUGCCGGCAUCAUCAUUCGGCCUACUGAAGAAAAUAAUUCCAAGUAUUGACUCUAAUGAGUUGUAGCAACAAAAAGAGCCUAGGAUUUCACAAGCCACACUUGGUGUUGGGUUGGAAUGACCUGUGCUCUGCUCACACUGAAUUACCAAGGCAGCUCUUGAAAAGCAAGGCAUGUUGUGAGGUAUGAUUGUCUUCUGCCCUGCUCUACUAUCUGGCUGCUGAGGGCAUGGGACCUUUAAUUGAGGUGCUGGGCUGAAUUGGAUGAUUCAAGAGCAAGGUUCUGCACACAGAAGGUACUGGACGUGUACCUCUUGCGUUCAUGGUUCCGUAACAUGAGCGCAUCUAAUCCCUUGGAUGUGGAAAUGGACUCGCUUAAUGAUGUGUGACAGCUGGGACCUGUAAGGUCACAAAUGGAGCAGUAUAGCAGAUCUGCACAGAACUCGGACCGAGAGGAGCAGAGGGGAUAAGCAUUUCUUUCCUGAACCUUAGAACAUGCUGACAAGAAUCGGCACAUUCAUAUCCAUAAUUCCAUAUGGAGGGACAAGUUCUUGGUACUUUUGGCAGUGAACAUCAACUUGUGGAAUGGGAAACGAAGAAAUGCUAUGAAGGAAGCUCCUCCCCUUUUGAGAUGAUGGAGUAGCUGACACCAGACUUGUGGAACGGGAAAUGCGGAAAUGCUAUGAAGGAAGCUACUCCUUUCUUGAAGCAAAGAAGAAAUGCUAUGUAGCUGGGACCAGACUUUUGGUACUGGAAGCACGAGCAGUGUCGCGGGGCAAUUUUCCAGAUGCCUGUGCUAAGCAUGAGAUAUCCCGAAAAACAUAGUUGUUUCCUGAACACAUCAAAAGGGUACAUGUGACAAUUAUUGCUGUGAUCUGAGCUGUGCUUACUCAUCGCAUUCAGGAAGUUAAAUUACUUUUAUUUAGAAACAAGUCAGAGCAAACUUCAUGAUCAUAUGAAAUCAAAAUUACAAUCACUAUGAAUACCUGAGAAGAGCAUCAGGAACAUGAGCAGGUGAAGCUUUUA